UGAUUUCUCAUUUUAGAUGUGUUUCUUGGCGAAACCUUCCGUUAACUCCACUCAAGUAACGACUCCGUUGAAUGGUAGAAAAGUAUUUAUAUCUCCCUCUCAGCUCUCCUUCAAUCUGGACGACACCUAACAUCACACACUUCAAACACCUCGAACACUUUAACUCCCGUCAAAAUGGCUACUCCACGCUCAGCUCUCCCGGUCGUUCUCGGCAACAUGACCUUUGGAAAAACAAAGACCGACGGCAUCCGCGUCACCGACCCUGCCAUCAUGGCCGCUAUGGUCGACGCCUUCCAGGCCCAUGGACACAACGAGAUCGACACAGCCCGCGGCUACGGCGGCGGAACUUCAGAAGAGACGUUGGCGGAUUUGGGCUGGCAGUCUCGUGGCCUCGUCAUGGGAACCAAGCUCUACCCUUUUGGCCGGGCUGCAAUGUCGGCCUUGACGUCGCACACGUAUACGCACGAGACUGGCGAGGUUCGACGAGGAUUAAUGGACUCGUUAAAGGCAUUGGGAGCAGACAAGAUCGACUUGUUUUAUCUCCACGGCCCUGACAGGCAGACACCCUAUGAGGAAACACUCAAGGAGGUGAAUGAUCUCUACAAGGAGGGAUACUUCCAGCGAUUUGGAAUCAGCAACUACAUGUCCUGGGAAGUGGCUCAGAUCAACGAAAUUUGUAUCCGAAACGACUGGAUCAGACCCACCGUCUACCAGGGAGUCUACAACGCGCUUCACCGCGCUAUCGAGCCAGAGCUCAUGACGUGUCUACGAAAGUACGACAUGAGCCUCUACUCAUUUCAGCCGCUCGCCGGCGGCUUCUUGACGGGACGAUACCGCCCAGAUAUGAAGGACGAUGACUACGAGGCGGGGUCCCGUUUCGAUCCCAAGAAAUGGCAGGGAAGAUUACAUCACGAUCGCUACAUCAACGAGUUUUAUUUCGACGCGCUGGCAAUCAUUCGCCCGGAGAUUGAGAAGGCCGGGCUCACGAUGACGGAGUGCGCAUUGCGGUGGCUGAGCCAUCACAGUGUGAUGAAGAGGGACACCGGCGACAAGGUGAUUGUGGGAGCCAGCAGCGUGAAGCAACUGGAAGAGAAUUUGGAAGGGUUGGAGAAGGGACCUUUGCCCGAGGAAAUUGUGCAGGCGAUGGAUGCUGCGUGGCUCCGGGUCAAGGGAGUAGUACCCAAGUACUGGCAUUAAAUCUGACAUUUUAAGUAGAUGAAUUAACAAGAGAAGAUUUGC